AUGCCUUCGUUGGAUUUGGGCGAAUCCAUACCCCCAGAUACAGCGCAUGCCGUCAGUGUGUCUUUGCCGACUUGGGAAUCGAAUAUCGGCUAUGAGGAAGGCGCCCCGUGGGUUAUUAGUCGAAUGACUACCGGCUAUCCUAGAUUUUUUAUCCAUAAGAGCAUCUCUCAGCUGGGACAUGCAAUCACCACUACUUACGGAAAACAUGGCCAGCAAGCCAUGCUAUUCUCCACACCAGAAGCAGCCAAGCGUUGCCUGGACUUCAUGCGAGAGAGAGCUCCCAUCGCCCCUGCCAUACAGCUCCAGUCGAUAUCAUUUGGGCUCAAUCUCUCAGGAAAUACUUCUCCAGUUCUUAGCGGUUUAUCUUCGACUAUAGCUGCAGCUUUGUUUCCCGCAGAUGCGUUUGGACUUGCCAAGCAAUAUUGGCAACACACUGGAGAUGGAGUUUCAAGCCGCCGCGCAGAAUUCUGUCAUGAUCUCCUACGAGCCGGUAUCUUGGUCCCGAUCAACUCUAGUGAUGCGAUUCGCGAAACUGCACUCAAAUCCUCGCGAGGCCCAAAGCGGUACCAACGUACAAAUUCGGUGGAUGAAACCGCAGUCCCCAAUGUGAAGGUCGCUUCUGCGGCUUCCAACGACACCAAAGAAAGCUCUGGAUUUUUAGAAGAGCGAUUUGGUAGAAAUUUGGAUCUGACAUUAGCCGAGAAAGCCAAAUCGGCAAUUCGUCGCAGAAUUGCUGGGUCACUUGUCGGCGAAAUUGAUUUGACAGCAGAAACAGUGCCAGAGCUUCCGGCAUCGUCUGUCCGCAUCAACAAUCUGAGAGAAUCCGAUAUAUACCUAUUCCCUGCAGGUAUGAACGCAAUUUUCAACGCACACCGUGCGUUAAUGGCCGCCAGAGGCCAGCUUCAGAGCGUAAAUUUUGGGUUCCCAUACGUUGAUACUCUAAAGAUCUUGCAAAAGUUUGGUCCUGGCUGCAUAUUCUAUGGACACGGUUCGUCCUCGGAUCUAGACGAGCUGGAGAGGCGGUUGCAGAAAGAGGAACGUAUUUUGGCUCUCUUCUUUUGCCGACAUUGUCGUCAGCAGUCUUACCAAAAUAUUUUCUGGCGAUUCCAAUGUGAUGGGAGGGAGCGCUGUCCUAAAUCCUGGCAGCAAAUUCUACAACUUGCUGAAACCGGCAAUGGAUAG